AUGGAUAUUCCGAAACCUAGUGAGGGCGAUGUUGAUAUCGGAACUGGCACAUUCCAGGCUUGCUGGGUCCUCACAUCCAUUGUCGGCGUAGCAUUGUUGUUCCGCUAUGCUAUCAAGAUCUGGGUGCGUUGGGCUUUACCGCAGGUCACUGCACCUGGUCGAAUUUGGGGUACAGAGGACUUAUUCUUCCUCGUGGCUUGGGGUUUUGAUAUCACUCAUAUGGUAUUUAUUCAAAUGAGUGCCAAUUCGGGCCUUGGGAGGCAUUUCUUCUACUUAACUGGGGAAGAGCGUCUUUAUGCUAUGAAAUGGGACUUCCUUUCACAGCCGAUGGCUGUCACUUCGGCAAUGGUGUCACGCGCAGGCAUGAUGUGGUUUCUUUUGACUUGCUUUGCGGCCAGCGACAAGAUGAUUCGUCAAUCCAUUAUCGUCUGUGCCGUUGUUCAGGUUGUCGUCAAUAUGGUUACAAUCGUCCAGAUUAUUGUCCAGUGCGGACCGAACCCGUAUCAAACCGUUAGUAUCCUCCUUCUUGGUGCUUGGUCCAUUCUAAUCUCAUCGCAGACUGAUCGAGUACAAUACUUUCACUAUAUGUGGACACCACUCCCUGAAGAUGGUUCCGUCAAGUGCCAAUCACCGGUUGUCCAAACGACUGUAGGCUUUGUACAAGGAGGUAUGGGAAAUUGUAUACUUCAGCAGCUCGGCUCAAAUCUAAUUGCAAUUCGCACAGGAUUCAACACUGUGAUCGAUUUCUUCCUUGCCGUGCUCGCUGCCGUCGAACUCUGGCAAUUCUUCCUGCGAACUCUCCACCGCAAUCCAAACACCUCAUUUUGGUCUCAAUUCCGCAAAAUUAAUGGCACCGUUCGAUCCCGCCGGAUCUGGCAGACCAUCACGCUCAGUGGACCACUCCUACUCUCUGGCUGUGCUUCUAUUGUAAAGACAUAUAAACUCAAAUCGCUUGGUGACAGACAAGACUUCACCUAUAACAUCGUGACGUUCGUUCUAUGGGUAAAGAUCGAGAACUACAGCAUCCUCCUCGCCUCCUGCGCCCCAGUAGCCCGCCUCUUCCUCCGGUCCUUCGUUGACCACAGACGCGAGGGCCGGUAUCACGGCUACUGGUCUCGCUCUCGGUCAACCGCACACAAUGAGCCAGACACAGAGAUGAAACGCCGCGUCAAUGUUCAAGACCAGUGGCUGGAUUCGGCUACAGUGACUAAUAUGACCAAUACUUAUAUUAAGGAUGAGGAGGAUCACUGGAAUGGACAUGGGCACGAGCGCUCUGUCAGUCAGGUUUCGAAGGCGGAGAUGCCGGACCAUCAUGAUGAUGGAUGCGUUACUAUUAAGACAGAUAUUGUUGUUCAGGUUGAUGAUGGGAGGUCGAUCUCUUCGGGUGGGACGAGGUUGUUACCUAAUGGGGGUGAGUCUCAUUUUGGGGGAUAUCGUUGA